CCGGCCCUCCUUUCUUUGGGCGGAUCUGACUAAGAGGGGCCGCCCCGCCUCUCCCAUCCACCCCCAUGAACUUCUGACUGGGACGCCACCGGCCUUGGAGCUCUGAGCACCUGAGUCUUCGCCCGUCUUAGCAGCAUGGCUAAGCUCACCCCCUGGCAGCUUCUGGCUACGGGCCUCCUCGUUUUUCUUUUCCAGUCAGUUCUGCUCCAAAAUCAAGUUGACAAUAAAUGUCGAAAUAUGGAAUGUGGAGAGAAUGCUUUGUGUAUGAAUGUCUCUGGGAAUUUCAGCUGCUCUUGCAAAAUAGGAUAUUGGAAAAAAUCAAAUCAAAAGAAAACUUUCCUGAAUUCCAGUGAAAAUGACUGCGACUUUUGUGACAUAUACGAAACAGAAACCAGAAGCUGUAAGAAAGGAUAUAAGACGUGCAGUGGUGAUCCUGACAGUUGUUGUGUUGAUUCCUGUCAACAUGAAAAUUGUGGAAAAUAUGCUUUGUGUAUAAAAGACUGUGGGGACGUCCUUUGUGAAUGCAAACCAGGAUUUCACUUACCUAAUGGAGGAAGGGAGUUCAAAAGUAUAAAUGAAAAUAAUUGUGAAGACAUUGAUGAGUGCAAGAGGAAUGUUUCCAUCUGUGGUCCCAAAGGGAGCUGCAUUAAUACUCAAGGGGAUUACCACUGUAAAUGCAAGCAAGGAUAUGGGAAGAGCUUUAAAGAUGAUAGAAAGCUAUGCAGAGAUAUUGAUGAGUGUAAUGGAAGUUAUUGUGAUGCAACUGCCCACUGCUACAACUCUGAAGGAAAUUAUUCGUGUUACUGCCCGGAAGGAUAUUUCCAAUAUUCCAAUGCUGUCCAGGAGGAUAAAACAAAGAUAAAAUGCAAAGAAUUCAACUUUCCCAUGCCUUCAUGGAACGACUGUUCAGAUGAACAGAGUUUCCUUUGCAACAUUACUACUCAGCUGGGAAACCUCUUCGGUUCACUGCCAAAUGUGAGCAGCCAAAUGGAUUCAAAGAAGCAUUUGAGGGAAACACUGGACACACUGGAUAAUCUGUUGAACUUGAUGGAGGCUGAGAAUAAGGAGCAGAGUCACCAGGUGGCCUCUAAGGUAAUGCAAGUGAUGGAGACCUGGCUCAGGAUGUUUGCAUUUGCUCUACCCAAUGGAACCACCACUAUCAAGUCCAAAGCAGGCACAGAGCUGGCAAUGGAAAUCAGAACAGCAGACAACACAAGCCAAGAUCUGGCGCAACUGUGGCUGAACGAAACACAGUUGGAAGUAAGCUGGGAAGCAGCAAGCAAGACGGAAGAAGGCCCCAGUGUUGUUGGCCUCCUCUCUUACCAGAAUCUAGGGUGCAUCCUGACGAAUGCAGAUAUUGAAGGAAGUGACUGGGAACAAAUAGGAAAAUCCAAACAAUUGAUGGAAGAGCCCGGCAAGCCCAACUAUAAAGUGUUGUCCAAGGUGGCCUCAGCUUUUGUAGGCCAUAAUGAGACUGCUGCCCUGAGCAGUAACAUCACAGUCACCUUUAACCAUCCAAAACCAGAAUUAAAGCCUGACUUGAAGGUGAUUUGUGCUUUCUGGAAGCCCACCAACAGAGGCGGACAUUGGUCUCAAGAAGGCUGUGUACGUCUGAACUCCAGUACUGCCAACAGGACAUAUUGCCGCUGCAAACACAUGACCAGCUUUGCAGUCCUCAUGGCCUUCUAUGAUAUAGAGGAUUGGACCUUGUCUGUCAUCACAAAGGUUGGGCUGGUUGUAUCUCUGAUCUGCCUAUUCUUCUCCAUCCUCACCUUCCUGUUUUGCCGUGCCAUCCAAGGUAUCCGCACCACCAUCCACUUCCACCUUUGCCUGUCCCUCUUUGCUGCCCAUGUCAUCUUCUUGUGCACUGGGAUAUCUAGAAAUACUACAGCAUGUGUUGUAAUUGCUGGAUUGCUCCAUUAUUCCUUUCUCUGCGUCUUCUGUUGGAUGCUACUGGAGGGUGUGCAGCUCUACGUGAUGGUAGUUCAGGUCUUCAACACACAUAGCCUUAAACACUGGCACAUCUUCCUUGUGGGAUAUGGGUUCCCAGCUGUCUUGGUGGGCAUCUCCGCUGCCAUCAACAGCAAAGGAUACAGCAGCAGAAACUGCUGGCUUUCCAGGGAACGUGGGUUCUUGUGGAGCUUCCUGGGACCUGUCUCCUUUAUCAUCAUGGUCAAUGCUGUUGUCUUUCUUAUUACUGUCUGGAGGCUUUCCGAGAAGUUUGCUGACAUUAACCCUGAUUUGACUAAAUUGAAAAAGCAGAGGGUACUCACAAUCACAGCCAUUGCACAGCUCUGUAUUCUAGGCAUUACUUGGAUCUUUGGCUUGUUUCAGUUCAGCAAUCAAACCCUCGUCCUGUCUUACCUCUUCACCAUCUUGAACAGCCUACAGGGUCUCUUUAUCUUCGUCCUGCACUGUGUACUCAAAAAACAGGUGCGUGACGACUAUUACCGCUGGUUGUGCCAGGGCAGACGUGGCAAGACCCAGAGUUCUGACAAGUACUCAGAGUUCAGUUCCACAUCCGGUUCCAACACGUUAAGGUCUCCCAAAACUUUGAAAGAAUCUGGAAUGUAACAACAGUUUUCAGAAAUAAUGAAUUCCAAGAGUGCUGCUUUGCAUAUAAACUUUUCCAGGGAAAAGAUGGGUUGGAAAACAGAACUAUUGCCUGCUGAUUCAGACCUACUGCAAUAAGGACAGUCAAAUUGCCAGAAACCUACGCAUGGAUCCAUCUAGCAAGCUCCGGAACUGGGCCCACCUUCAUCUUAUAUUGGUACAGGACUUCAUCACAUGUUCCCUUUUCUUUCAUGCUAAGGCUCUUCUCUGUCAAAGAGAGGAUCAUUUCUUUUUAAAAGGUACUCCUACAUAUGACACUUUCAUAAAAGGUCCUUUCCGUGGACACUGGUUAGCCUUCUGCCUGGCUAUUUAUGCAUCAAAAAGUUGAAGUGAAUUUUGCGUAAUAGGCGUGAUCUUUUUCAUCCAGUCUAUGGACUGAUCUGAUAGCAUUUUCCUUAGUGUUUAUUAAGUUAUUUUCAAGUAUAAACCUGUGAUUGUCUGCAGUACUUAUUAAGACAAUAGAAACAGAGAUGGUAAAUAUGCUAUGUCAAGCGUGUUUAAGGAGUUAGGCAAGGCAAAGGACUGUCAAGGAUGCUGUAAUUUAGGACUGGACAAAGAAUUUCACAUUAUUUUGCUUUGUGGUUACAUUUGUCCAAAAGGUAAUAUAAAUUUUGAAUUCUGCCCAUCAGUGAGAUGAUAAAGCCAGAUCUAGAGGUAGCUAAAAAGUUGUCCUGGUUUGAAUAGUCCUGCACAUAAAAAUGUAUCUAAAUGUAGAAACAUAGCAUGUGUAGGCAAAAUACAGACCUUUUAGAGAGUGAUCUAAUUUUUAAUGUACAAGACCUUUUAUUUAUUUUUAAUAGAAAACUAAGCUUUCAUUUGCAACCUUGCACACUGAGCCAGGCUUAAUUAGGUAUAAGUAACCCUGUGCUAUAAAUCUGUUUAAAUUGUAGUUUGUUUCCCUUGCCGAAAGAUUUUAUGGUUGAUCUUGGUGCAUUAAAUGUCUGCCACGCUCAAAAUUCAGAUUCAGCUCAAAAGGCAGAUCUAAAUAAUCUAGCAUCUCAUGGGCUGCUUCAUAUCUGACACAUUUGAGUGGAAGCACAGAAAUAGAGAAAGAGUUUUCAUUUGAUGUUGUUUUACUGCUGUUCCCUGGAGUUCUGCAUGCGGUAACAAGAUGCAAUGACAAAAAGGGGUAUAGGAUAUAGAGCAAUCUCAGUUACAAGAAUGCAGGUAAUGCUGUUUAUUCGGACAAGUAGCAACAAUUAUAAACUUGAGGCAGUGAAAAGGAAGAAGUUUUGGUGGUGUUUUUUUUUUAUUACUUCGAUGAAACACCUCCAGGGAACAGCAGAGCUUUGGUUAGAUUAGAAAGUUAAAAGCAGUAUCUCAAAAGGCAGUGAUGGAAAAACUCUUCCAUAUUCUUAUAAGAGAACAGUACAAAUGCAAAAUCUUCAGGAGUCAAGGAUUACUUCAGUUUUCCUCUUUUUUUAAUGAAGUUAAUGAAUUUUUUCUACAGUGGCCAUUCCCAGAAAAUAUUGAAGAACUUCCUGUUUAGACCAAUUAGGCUUGAACUGUUUUCAGUAUUCCUAACUUUUUUUGUAAAGUGCUUGGUAUUUUUAUUUUAUGUGUAUCUCAAGUUCCAGGUGUGCCUUAUUUGCAUGUAAAUAGCAAAACACCAGAGUUCACAGCUGAUAUUUUUCUACUGAAUUUUGCUGUCAAAAUUAUUCACAAGUUAGACCUAGUCUUUGCAUGUACAUUUUAUAGUAUUAGAAUAUGUAAAUUUGUACUCGAGGGAAAAAUUGGAGGGAUUCAUUUUACUGAUACUUUUACUAUUGUCUCUCAGUUUCAGUAACUGCCCUGUCUUGAAAUAUAUUCACUCUAAGAGUGCCUUUAAAGAUGUACAAUUUUUUUUAAAAAAAAUGUUUCUGUCCAAUUACCUACCUACUUUCUUAAAGCAUUCUUCCCUCAA